AUGUUCCAAUACAACAUAAGAAAUCCAUUGGCAAGAGGAAAGGAAAAGGAGGGCGCCAAUCUUCUGGAGGACUUUAGGAACUCACGUACCAACUACGAGGUAUGCAUCAAGAUGUUGAAGUAUCGACAUAGAUUGAUCGACGUGUGCAUCAAAGACCAAGUUGCUGCAAAGGAACAAAUCAAGGUACUUUGGGAUCAACUACAUACCAUUGUCAACAUCCUACUCCAUCAUGAAGGAGAUGAUGAGGAUUAUCUGGAAAUGUUCCAGAGAUCCCUUUACAUCUACGGCGCCAACUACCAAAAGCUCUAUGGAUGUCGAUUGUCAACAUACCAACACAUCUUGAUUGAGCAUGUCCCAGAUUUCAUUCGCACGUUCGGUAAUCUGGACAAGUUCUCCAACUUCUCAAUUGAAGGAAAUCACAGGCUAAACAAGUUGAACAUCCACUCAAGCACAAGUGGGUACCAGACUACAACAGGACCAACUGGACUACCCGCACCACUGCUCAAAGUUGGUCUUUUGACCAACAUUGUAACACCAGGAUACAUGCUUGGCCAGGAGCCCAAGUCUAGGUUCCAUCAUGAAUGA